AUGACCGGAAGACCCCCCUCUUUCAGUAGUGCUGCUCGGUUUCAGGUGGAUGAGAAAAGGGAGCCUUUGAAAAGCAAGAGCAACGAAGGGCAGAGCACCGAAAAGGCAUCUGGGAAGAAAAAAGGCCUGCAAAGCUAUGAAGAGCAGGCAGAGAAGCGGCGGGUGCUGUGCCCCCAAGCCCUGCCUGAAGCUCCUUUGCCGAGAGAGCGAGUGGUCCCAGCCUCGCUGGCCCAGGAGCUGCCCCAAGCCAUGCUGCGGAUGGACAUGGCCCUGGAACGCGAGUACGCCCUCGACAUCUUCAGCAACCUGAUGCAGAAGCAGCCGUCCUAUGCCUUCCAGGGCUUUGACCUGCCACGGUCAGUGACGGUGGAGAUGAGAGCCCUUCUGGUGGACUGGCUGGUGCAAGUGCAUGAGUAUCUGAAUCUGGCUGAUGAGACCCUCCACCUGGCCGUCCAUCUCAUGAACUCCUAUAUGAAAACAAGCCAUGUCAGGAUCCCUCACCUGCAGCUCCUCAGUGCCACCUGCCUCUUUCUGGCAUGCAAACUGGAGGAACACACCUGUCCAGAGCCAGCCCAGCUGUGCUUCAUGAUGGAAAACUCCUGCACCCGAAAGGAUCUCCUGCGAAUGGAACGCAAAAUCCUGGCCCGGCUCAGGUUUGAGCUGCACUACGCCAACCCCAUCCACCUGUCCCGCCUCCUGGCAGAAGCGGCUCAUUGCACCUUGGAGGUCCAGUUCUUGGCCCUCUAUUUCCUGGAAUCUUCUCUGCUGGAGGUGGACUGCCUGUGCUUUGAGCCCGCUCAGUUGUCCUUUGCGGCUUUGUCUCUGGCACACCGGCUGACAUGUGAAGCCAGAAUCAAAGACAUGGAUGCACUUCAGGAACAUGUUCCAAAGUUCCAUGUGUACAGUGAGGCUGAGCUGUCGGCUGUCUUUCCAUACAUGGCCAAGGCGGUUUUGCAGGGGGGCAAUGCCUCCCUUCGUGCCAUCUUCCUGAAAUACUCCAGGCCACAGAAGCUUUGUGUCAGCACCAACCCUGCCAUUGCUGCCUCUAAGUUCCUGAGCCACUUCCUGAGGGAUCCCACCCCAUGAAGGAGCAGGAUGCUGGGGUGAUGUUUGA